GAUCGAGCUGCGAGCUGUGGGGAAGAUCUCCGAGGGUGAGGAGCUGACCGUGAGCUACGUGGACUUCCUCAACCUGUCUGCUGACCGCCAGAAGAACCUGAGGGAGAGUUUCCACUUCGAGUGCACCUGCCAACACUGCAGCGAGAAGAUCAGUGACGACCUGAUGACGGCCACCGCAGAGAAGGGAGGAAGCAAACCGUCUGCUGAUAAGGUGAAGGAGAUCAUCGCCCUCAGUAAGGAGUAUCUGGAGAAGAUUGAUAUUGCCCGUAUUGAUCGGGACUAUCAUAAGGUGGUGACCUUGUGCUGUGAGUGUCUGGAGAAGCAGGAGAACGUGUUGGCCGACACUAACCUGUUGAAGCUGCGUGUGUUCAGCAUCACCAGUGAGGUGCUCUCUUUCCUGCGCAACUUCUCCGAGGCUUCAGACUACGCCCGCCGGAUGGUGGAGGGAUACACGAAGCUGUGUCACCCUAACAACGCUCUGCUGGGGAUGGCCACCAUGAGAGCCGGAGUCACUCACUGGCACGGCGGACAGAUCGAGGCCGGACACAAGUUCAUCUGCAAGGCUUACGGCAUCCUGAUGGUGACGCACGGACCCAACCACGCUAUCACCAAGGACCUGGAGUCCAUGCGCACGCAGACUGAGCUGGAGCUGAAGAUGUUUAAGGAGGACGAUAAGAAGUACCAGAGCAUGAGAGACGCCGCUCUGCAGAUCACCGUCUGAAUAUGAGGAAGAGGUCUUUACUGCAAGACCCUCACCUUCAUCACCUUCAUCACUGAAACAUGACGUGUUCAUGCAGUAUGUCUGAUAUUACACUGUUCUGUUUAAACUAAUAAAACAGUCCAAUAAAAGUGAA